UCCACUCGCUCGCGAGCGGCUACACGGCCAGCUCCGAGCAGGUCGCGCGUCGUUCGACGACUGUUGCGCGGUCGUGGUACUCUCGCGACCGGCGUACACUCGCGUAAGGAUACCGGUGCUCUCGAGAGAGCACGCUUUCCCUCCCGCCCUCUCUUCGACGACACGCCGGCUCUGUGUGUGGCGGCUGGAGCGAUCAAGCGGACGCCCCGUACGCGCCGAACGACUUGUCCUAUCUCUCUCUCUCUCUCUCUCUCUCUCUCUCUCUCUCUUUCUCUCUCUCUUUCUCUCUCUUUCUCUCUUUCUCUCUUUCUCUCUCUGACUCGCGCGCGCGCGCUUUAUUUCUUUCUCUACCUCUGAGUGUGGGCCCUUCGAGACUCGUCCGCAACUCGACUCGGCUCCUCUACGCCACGCCACGAAGAGACACCGAAUAGACGCGACCCGGACGCCGUCGAACGGAUCGCUUGCCUCACGAAUUUUCGCGAAAAAGGAUCUGGCAGACCACUGAAAAGCAACCGUUACCGCCUCGUCAGGUAGACGAGCGAAUAUUGAGGAGAGGGAGGUAAGGAGGAGGAGGAGUAGGAGGAGGCCCUCCACGAUGCGGCCCUUGGCCGCCAAUUUGGAUGGGCCUAGCCCUGGCGUAUUGCGAAUUGCCUACGUCCUUGUCCUACUCGUCGCUGUGAAAAUAUCUGCGACCAAAGCUACGAUUUGCAAAGAUAACUACAAAUGCAAUUGUACCGGUAUAAAAGGACAAUAUGGUUUUCCUGGAAUACCUGGACAGCAAGGGCUAGAGGGUCUUCCGGGUGAAAUCGGACCGGAUGGACCUCCUGGACCUAAAGGUGAGAAAGGCGCAGGCGGUGAAUAUGGCGGUACCGGAGAAAAAGGCUAUCGAGGCGAAUCUGGUAUACGAGGAUUCACUGGAUCUCCUGGACUUUCCGGUAACACUGGAGUUCCUGGUGUUAUGGGACCAGACGGUCUUGAUGGAUGCAACGGCACAGAUGGUCGUGCCGGUGCACCAGGUAUGCCUGGAGUUUAUGGUGAACGAGGAGGAGAAGGAGAAGUGGGAGAUUAUGGUCCUCCUGGUGAACCUGGCGAAGGUGGAAUCAAUUCGGUCGGUGUAAAGGGAGACCAAGGUGAUUCUGGUAACAAUGGACCACAGGGUUAUCCAGGAUCGUACGGCAUUCCAGGAGAUAUGGGUUAUCCAGGAGAGACCGGUGACUUUGGCUAUCCAGGUGGUCCAGGUCUACCAGGUAUGGGAGGUGAUCGUGGAGAGGCCGUUUAUGGUGUAAAAGGAGUGCCUGGUGAACAAGGUGAUAGGGGUGAACCAGGUUCGAGUAAUGAACAGUACAAAAAAAAAGUGAAUUCUAGCCACGUGAAAGGUGUUAAAGGUUGGAAAGGACAACGAGGAGAUCGUGGAUAUCGCGGACGCAAAGGAGAAGUAGGGGCAAAAGGACCGCAGGGUCGACCAGGUUUCGCUGGAAUAAAAGGUAUAAAAGGCGAACGAGGGGAUGACGGUCCAAGAGGAAAACAAGGUUUCGAAGGACCAGCCGGACCUGCCGGAAAUAAAGGAGAAAAAGGGGCACCGGGUUAUGCGGGACAACCUGGAACGGACGGUCCCGAUGGAGAAUCUGGUGAAAUUGGUAAUCAAGGUCCUCCAGGAAAACAAGGAGCUGCUGGUGAACCAGGAACAUAUAUACCUGAACUCGACGAAAUAAUCGCUGGAAGUAUUGGAAUUCAGGGAGAUCUUGGACCACCCGGUGAUCCUGGUGAAUCAGGAACUCCUGGACUUCCUGGAAAAGUUGGAUACAUCGGUUCUCCAGGACCUCCAGGACCUUCUGGACCACCUGGUGAACCAGGACAGAAAGGUUCUUCCAUCAAAGGAGAACAAGGAGAUGACGGACUUCCUGGUACGAUCGGACCACAAGGACAAUCCGGUCUUCCCGGUCAAUCUGGAUUCAUUGGUGCGAAAGGAUUUCCAGGUGUAACGAUUAUAGGUCCAUCAGGUCCUGAUGGUAAAUCAGGGUUAUCAGGACUAACUGGUCCACCCGGAGAUCGUGGUGAUCCUGGACCACCUGGAGAGAAAGGCUUUCCUGGAAAAGGAGUUCAAAUCAGAGGUCCACCCGGAGAACACGGUUUACCGGGAUCUCCAGGAAUGCCUGGUCCAGAUGGAUGGCCAGGUAGACCUGGUCCUAAAGGCGUUAAGGGUUUCCGUGGAGAUGAUUGUGGUAUAUGUACGCCAGGAUUACCCGGUGGAAAAGGUGAACGCGGUGAUUCUGGUGUGAGCGGAUAUCCAGGAACUCCUGGAUUUCCUGGAUUACCCGGGUCUCGUGGAUUUAAAGGUAAACAAGGUAAAGCUGGCCCAAUAGGGCCACGAGGAUUAGAGGGGGACAGUGGAAGGCCAGGUAUUGCAGGACCGCAAGGUCCUAAAGGAGAACCAGGAAAGGUCUUCUUACCGCCGGAAGAGCAUCAUAUCAGUCCACCCGGGGAUAUUGGUGAUAUGGGACUCCCUGGGCCGGAAGGUAUUAUGGGACCGUGGGGUAAAGUUGGCCAAAUUGGAGAUACAGGAGCACCUGGACCAAAAGGAGAAAAGGGCGAUCACGGUGCUCCCGGAUUUCCUGGUCGUAAUGGAACACAUGGAUGGGAUGGUAUACCUGGUGAAAAAGGUGAACCGGCAUCCGUACCAAUAACAUUUUUACGUGGUGAUCCAGGAUAUGAUGGCAUGUUGGGUGUAAAAGGUAUUAAAGGAGAAUCUGGUAAAAAGGGAGAGCCUGGAGAUGCUUCACAGUUUUCGAUCGAGAAACAGGGAGACAAAGGAUAUAAAGGCGAACGUGGUGCUCCUGGUGAAACUGGCUUCAAAGGUUAUCAAGGACAAAGUGGCGAUGAAGGUUACCCUGGCCUACCAGGGCCUGUAGGAUCUCCUGGUUUAUCGCUUCAAGGACCAAUAGGUUUGAAAGGAUAUCCAGGAAUGCCAGGACUUCAAGGACCCCGUGGCCCCGCUGGCACUCCUGGAUCUCAAGGACCAGUCGGUUUUGCUGGUCGUCCUGGCAAUAAAGGAGAUCGUGGUGAUCCUGGCACGAAUAUUUUUUACGGUGAAAUAGGUGAACCCGGUCCGUACGGAGAUAAAGGUGAAAUUGGAGAUCCUGGACCACAAGGUUUCCGUGGCCGACCAGGGAUAGAUGGAUCGAAAGGUAUGAAAGGUGGAAAAGGAGCUCCUGGUUUCGAAGGUUUGCCUGGUCUUCAGGGCGGUAAAGGUCAACGAGGAUAUACUGCACAAGGCAAAAGAGGUUUUCCAGGAAUUACAGGACAACCUGGAAUGCCUGGAAGAAUAGGUGAUGUAGGAAUUCGUGGACCCGAUGGUCUGUCAGGAUUCGACGGCAUGAAAGGAUUAAAAGGAGAAAUUGGUUUCGUUGGACGCCGUGGCGACGAUGGAGACAGCGGUCCUCAGGGUUUCCAUGGUUUAGAUGGAAGUAUAGGUUUACCUGGCCGUCCAGGUGCGGAAGGUGAUGUUGGGGACAUUGGUGAUCCUGGACCACCUGGUUGGCUUGGUCUCGAUGGAAUCGAUGGUGCACUAGGUGCAAAAGGAGAAAAAGGAAAUAUAGGUAUCACUGGUAAACCGGGUUAUCCUGGCCCAGUAGGUCUCAAAGGUAUCGAAGGAGAUGUUGGACCGGACGGAGUACCUGGUCUAUCAGGAGACAAUUCGUUCAGUGGUCCACAAGGUGAUAUGGGAGAUCCCGGCUUCACCGGAGAGAUGGGGCCUGCAGGACGCUCUGGAUUUGAUGGUCGACCUGGUUUAUCAGGAGAACCUGGUUUAGCUACGGAUGGAUUAAAUGGUUUAACCGGAGAAAAAGGAGAACCAGGAUUCAAUGGAUUUAAUGGACCACCUGGCCCAAAAGGAGAAAUAGGUGACAUGGGACCGGAUGGAUUUAAGGGAGAAAGGGGAGACCAAGGUUUUAAGGGACCACUCGGUUAUCCUGGUAUUCAUGGUAGAUACGGGGAUAAAGGUCAACGUGGUCUAAUAGGACCACCUGGUUUCGAUGGUCUAGAUGGAAAACAAGGUCCCGAUGGUGAUCCUGGUAUAAUGGGUCGCCCAGGUAUGCCUGGAGAUGAUGGCUUGCAAGGUUACCCAGGUAUUAUAGGUGCACCAGGUGGCAAAGGUCAAGUAGGAGAACCUGGAAUGCCAUCGUAUGCGAUAGCAGAAAUAGGUGAUCAAGGAAAUCCAGGAUUAAAUGGCUUAACAGGCCAGAAAGGAGAACCAGGUGCUCAAGGAUAUCUCGGAAUACCGGGUCGUAAAGGCCAACAAGGUGAUAUAGGAUAUCCAGGACAAGAUGGUUUCCCAGGUUUCCCAGGACUAAAAGGAAUAGUAGGCGAUCAAGGUUUUGCUGGUCUCGACGGUUUAACUGAGAACUCAGCCGAGCAUGGUGAAACAGGACGUGCUGGUCUUGAUGGAAUGCCUGGAAUUCCUGGUCGGCCAGGACAAAAAGGUGCUCCUGGGGAAUAUGGGCUAAACGGUCCUAAAGGAAUUCGUGGAGACGUCGGAUAUUCGCUUCAUGGGCCUAAGGGAAUAAUGGGAAAUCAAGGUCACACAGGAUACGUAGGUUUCCCUGGUUCACCCGGUUCCCAGGGAUUAUCUGGUUUCCCAGGUAUAUCUGGUCCCAAGGGUUACGUCGGUGAACCAGGUAUAUCUGCUAGUAGUGCAAAGGGUGAAAAAGGUGAACCUGGUUGGAGAGGAUUGGACGGUCAAUCAGGACCGAAAGGACCAAGAGGCGAUUCAGGGUUAUCCGGUUUCCAAGGCUUGCCUGGAGCUAAAGGAGAAAGAGGAGAUGAUGGUGAACCAGGAUUACCAGGAUUGCCUGGUCCUCCAGGACCACAGGGUCCGAAAGGAGAUCGGGGUAUAAAUCCAUUUUCAACUUUCUCUGGACGUGGGCCACCCGGAGAUGUAGGACCUCCAGGAUUGCCGGGCUUCCCCGGAUCCCGAGGUCCAAUAGGCGAACCAGGUAAAGACGGAUUCCCUGGUCGAGAAGGAGAACGCGGUAUGAUCGGAUUACCUGGACCACAAGGGCCUGAUGGUAAAGAAGGUCCAAUUGGUUAUCCUGGCUCGCCUGGCACGGUUGGUAGGCAAGGUCUUACUGGAAAUGCCGGUCUCCCAGGCAUACCAGCAACAGCACCUCCUGGUCCCAGUAACAGAGGAUUCCACUUUGCUAAACAUUCUCAAUCCGAAAUGAUUCCACUUUGUCCAAAGAAUACAGUAAAAUUAUGGGAUGGAUUCUCUUUACUUCAUAUUAUGGGCAAUGGCCGAGCUUACGCACAAGAUCUUGGUACUGCAGGAAGUUGUAUCAGAAAAUUUUCAACGAUGCCUUUCAUGUUUUGUAACAUGAACAAUGUUUGCGAUUAUGCCAAUCGUAACGAUUAUAGUUAUUGGCUCAGUACCACCGAACCCAUGCCAAUGAUGAUGACACCUAUACCAGCUCCGGAAGUCGGUAGAUACAUAUCGAGAUGUUCAGUUUGCGAGGCUCCAACGAGGAUCAUUGCUGUACAUAGUCAAUCUAUGGAUAUACCAGAGUGCCCUGGUGGUUGGGAAGAAUUAUGGAUUGGAUACAGUUUUCUUAUGCACAGGGACGCUGGAGCAGACGGUGGUGGUCAGUCAUUGAUCUCGCCAGGAUCAUGUUUAGAAGAAUUUCGUGCUAGACCAUUUAUCGAGUGCCGCGGCUUAGGUACCUGCAAUUACUUCUCCACGGCGACUUCCUACUGGUUGGCGACUAUUAAAGACUACGAAAUGUUCCGAAAGCCUUUGCAGCAAACACUAAAAACCGAUCAUACGUCGAGAGUCAGUCGUUGUGCCGUCUGCCUUCGACGUCGUAUUACCGAAGAUCGGUUUGUCAGACCAGAAGUAGGUAACAUACACCUUAGGCCGAAAAAUUAUCCACAGUCACGUUACCCUUCGGAUUAUUCACGGCAGAGAGUACCAUUUGGUAGAAGUAAAAAUCCAAAUAGACAUGUACCAUAUCACUAUCGAAAAAGAGGUCGCCUUCGUAAAGUCGAACGAACCGAGGUACCGAACCUCUAGACGAGUUUCCAAAUUACGAAUAAAAAAGUGAUACGUAGGACUCGUUCGAUGAACCCCACCCCUCUAUGUGUACAUAUAAAUAAAUACAUAUGUAUAUGAACUCUAUUCUUUUACGGCUAUUGCGAAAUUACACGAGGCUACUCGUUUAACUUUUGCCAAUCGCAUGAUAACCAGAUGCGAAACAUUAUGCCAAAUAAAAAGAACAGCGUACGUUCCUUCGAAAA